UGUUUAAUGAUGCGUAGAUACUGUAUCACUACGUUACUAUUAUACUCUGUUAUGUUGUGCAUAAAUAUUGACGCGUGGAGUUCUCUUAAAAGGUUUCGACAUCUUUGGCAACCAAAUAUUAAUCGCAUCAACGAAUCGUUAUCGCUUAAACGGGACCCUCUAAACUCUCUAAAGGGUAAAUUAGAGUCGAUUAAUUUUCAAAAUAGCGCACCAAGUCAGGGCGGUAGAGAAAAACGACUUUUCCCAUUAUUUACAUUGGUAAAAUUUGACAAUAACGUUUGCGUCGGAUUAAAUGGUGAAAAUGGUACCUGUAUCGCAGCUUCGGAAUGCUCGAAACGUGGUGGUGUAUCUAGUGGAGUUUGCGCAAAUGGUUACGGAGUUUGCUGCAUUGUGACAGUAUCUUGCGGCGAGACAACCAGCAACAAUAAUACUUAUUUCGUUAAUCCGAAUUAUCCAUCAACGUUUGAUGGUACUAUAUCUUGUCAAUUAACGCUCGUUAAGUCGCAUCCAACCGUAUGCCAGUUUAGAUUGGAUUUCUUGCAGUUUAAUAUAAGAGGUCCGGAAACGACUAACCAUCAGUGUAUCUAUGAUCAAUUUAUCGUUUCUGGGGGUAAUCCGGUACCUACCAUAUGUGGAAAUAAUGCUGACAAUCAUAUAUACGUCGAUACUGGUCUUGGACAAACGAAUCCUGUCACGUUGACAUUUGUUACAAGCGGAAAUUCUUUUGCUCGAUCUUGGAAAGUACGAGUCUCUCAAAUACGUUGCAAUACUAUAUACAGAGCCGAGGAAGGGUGUUUGCAAUAUUUCACAGGGAUAUCCGGCCAAAUAAAAUCGUUCAAUUACGAUCCUAACACCGGAUUGCAACUGUCGAAUCAAGAUUACAGUAUUUGCAUUCGAAUGGAAAGGAAUUUUUGCGGUAUUCAGUAUAUGGCAUGCCCGGUCGACGAUAAAGAUGCAGUACUGGCAAAUGAUGGUGCCACUAUGGCAAGAAUGGCACGUAGUAAUGGAUUUACGUUAACUGGAAAUACGCAAGCAAUGCAAAUAGCAUCAAUGACAGGAGCAGCCUGUCAAACCGAUUGGUUAACGAUACCGUGUGCGUCUAACACAGGUAGAUUGCCAACCUCCAUGAUGACUUGUAUCGAUCGGAUAUGCGGUGGAACAUUUAACGCGGAAAAUCAAAAUUUGAAUGCGUCUUCUGUUAUUAGUACAGUGAAACCAUUUAGACUAAUUUUCCACACGGAUAGCGUUGAAGCGCCAAACGAUGUCGGGAACAGAGGAUUUUGUCUGAAUUAUAUACAACAACCUUGCACAACAAAAUUAAGAUAAAAAUAAAAUGCAAAUGAAAUCAACCUACCUAGAUUCGAAAAUAUAUGCUGUUUAAAAAUAGCUGAGAAGUUGAUGAGAUUUUGAGGAAGCCGAAGCCACUGUUUGUAUGACGUGUUAUAAAAUUGGUCGACAGAUACGGUGAUGUGGUGAUGAGAUGUAAAACGUUUUGCUAUAAUCGAUGGAAAAAAGGAUCGAGUCAAGUACGCUAUAAAAGUACACGGUCGGUUAGAGAAUCAAUUAGGUGUAAUCCAUACAUGGUGAGUAACUUCUUUCGGAGCUGACCUCGUUUUCAUCGAAUAUUUCUUCAUUGUACCAACAAUAAAAUUAAGUAUUCUUGCC